AUGGAAAAUUUCUCUAAUGUUAUUCUCUUCUCUUGCUUUCUUCUCCUUCUAACUUUUAUAGACGCUAAAACAGUUUGUGAAGGAAGCUUAUUCUCAGAUAACAGCACUUACAGCGACAACCUCAACUCUCUUUUCUCUUCUCUUGCAAGUAACGUCGUGGCUAACGACGGCUUCUACAACACUUCAAUCGGAGAAGGCACCAACAAAGUUUACGGUCUUGCCCUUUGUGGACGAGGCUACGAGAAGCAAGCUUGUGUGAACUGCGUGGAGCAAGGGAUUCAGGAUUUAGAAGAUAUAUGUCCGAAUCGAAUUAAAUCCUUCAAGUGGACCACGAGAGACAGUGACAAUGCUUCUUGCCUUGUACGAUAUGCUAAUUACUCUGUUUUCGAAAAACUCGAGCUCUUCCCACCUGCUCCUGAAAAUUCAUCAGUUGUGCUAAAGUAUUAUAGCGUCGUAAGAGCAGAGUUCACAGAAUUUGCAGAUGUUUACAUGAUGAUGAAAUGCACUCCUGACAUUUUACCUAGUGAAUGCAACAUAUGUCUUAUGCAGUGUGUGUUGAACUUUCAAAACAAUAAUUGGGGAAGGCAGGGCGGUGCGGGUAAGCUUCUUAGCUGUUGUUUCCGGUGGGAUCUUUAUAAUAUUCCUAGAUCUUCUGAGAAUAUGACAAGAGUCUCCAUGAUUAGUCGUGGUUCGACUCCUCCUCGAGAAGAUACCGAGUUAAAACCUGGAUAUGACGAAAAAGAAUCAGAAUGCUGUGAUUCUGAUGGACAAUCUAUGUUGCGGUUUGGCCUUGCCAUGAUACUCUCUGUUACCAAUGACUUUUCGCCAGAAAAUAAGCUUGGUCAAGGUGGAUUUGGAACUGUCUACAAGGGGGUUUUACCGAACGGGCAAGAAAUAGCGGUGAAGAGAUUAGUAAGUGGUUCAGGACAAGGAGGAGAUGAAGAGAUUCUUGUCUACGAGCUUGUGCCCAAUUCUAGUCUUGAACAUUUUAUCUUUGAUGAAGAGAAGCGUUUGCUUCUUACAUGGGAGGUGACGUUCAAGAUUAUAGAAGGAGUUGCUCGAGGUCUACUUUAUCUCCAUGAAGAUUCGCAGUUGAAGAUUAUUCAUAGAGACUUGAAGGCAAGCAACAUCCUUUUAGAUUCAGAGAUGAACCCUAAAGUUGCAGACUUCGGGACCGCAAGGUUGUUCGAAGCUGAUGAGACUCGAGCUGAAACAAGACUGAAUAGCUGGAACCCGAUUGUGUUUUGCUUUGGAGCUUGA